AUGGCAUAUGAAUACUUCCGGUCGAAAGGUACUAAGAGGAUUUGGGCUGCCGAUGUUUGGAAAUCUUGCAUAGCAUCGAAGCACUCAUUUUUUCUUUGGUUAGGGGUUCAAUCUAAACUCCUAACUAAAGACAAAUUGCAAUACUUGGAAAUCGAUCGUAAUUGUAUUCUUUGUGGGCAUAUGGCGAAAACAGGCCGACACUUAUUUUUUGAAUGUUUUUCCACAUCAUACUUAUGGAAGAGCAUUAGACAGUGGCUUGGCAUCAGAAGAUCCAUGUUAACACUCGCUAGCGCUUUGAAGUGGAUGAAAAAAGAGGCUCCUGGGACAUCAUGGCUUAGCAAGGUUAAGAGGAUUGUACUUGCAAGUACUGUUUACUACAUUUGGUUAGCGCGUAACAUGAAGAUUUUUGCAGACCUUUCACCUCACUUGGAUUGUAUGCCUGGUGUAUUUGUAUUUGAAAGUUUUGAUUAA